CCUUCUGCUCCCAAGUACAAUUGUACUGUUUGAAGACAUAAAGUUGAUCCCGCGUCGUUUCUGUAAUUAUUAUCAUUCCACAGAACUGAUAAUUAGAAGAAAUGAUGAACGAAGCUUACUUUUAGACUUACUCUUUCUUGUUAGUUUGCAAAUAAGCAGGUAUAAAAACCAGCAGCAGCAAACACACACACACACACACACACACACACACACACAAAACCGGUGAACAUUGAGUUACUUAUAGUUUCGAAAAUUCUUUGGAAUUCAAAAGUCACAUGUAUUAUGAACAUUUAAGCUGGUUUCAUACAUGAAAAUUACUGACACGGGAAAGUUGGUUUACAGAAAAUAUCACCAAUAAAUCUAUACUCUUUUAAAAAUCCUAAUUGAAUUAAACAUAGAUCCUUGGCAAAAUAAAUACAGUGGCAUAAAUACGACUUUUUAAAGGUGCGUUAAUUGUGGGUAAGUGGGAGUCCCAUAGGCGUGAUAACAUUUUAAACACACUUUUUUGAUUUUUCUCCUCUGCUGCCCAGAUCUUUGAAUUGUCCCAAGUAUUAAAAAGAAAGGCUGUCAGGAUAGGUGUAGCCCGUUCAAGAUGGAUGUUUACGCAUGCAAACUCUUUUCAGAGACAUGGAUUCUAAUUUUGAAGAACAAAACUAUUCCCCCCAAAAUUAUUUCUUCCUCUUCAUUUCACUCCCCACCUUUAAACUGCAAGUUAAAUCGUAACUGGAGUCCGCUUCCCAUCGUGCAGCCAAGCGCUGGUGCCAGGCUUGCGGGUGAGGGCUCCACUUUGUUAGCCGGGUGUUUACGAAACCCCAGCGGCUCGAUCUUUUGGCUGAUAAUCUCAAACAUGGAGGAUGCUUCUGAUCCUUCACGAGGGGUUGCUCCAUUAAUUAAUAAUGUAGCUCUCCCAGGCUCUCCGCCGUCUCUUCCUGUAUCAGUGACAGGCUGUAAAAGUCAUCGAGUAGCCAAUAAAAAGGUAGCAGCGAGCAGCGAAAAGCUCCUCCCAGCCGCUCUUCCUCCUUCGCAGCCGAAAGUAGAUCAGAAACUUCCCAGGAGCUCCGAGAGGCGGGGAAGCGGCGGUGGGACGCGAUCUCCCCGCGCGGAGACGGGCAGUGGCAGCGGGAGAGGCGGCAGCCGCGGGCGCGGCGGGGCAGGCGAGAAGGGAACCCCUGGGGGGACGGAGCCGCCCCUCGCCGCUCUUGUAGCUGAGAGGGGAAGCGAAGCGGCCGUCGGCGUGCUCGCAGGGAAGCCGGGCCGACGCGGGCGGCCGAGGGUCGGGGCGAGCCCGCGGGGCGGACAGGAGAUGCCGCUGCUACACCGAAAGCCGUUUGUGAGACAGAAGCCGCCCGCGGACCUGCGGCCCGACGAGGAAGUUUUCUACUGUAAAGUCACCAACGAGAUCUUCCGCCACUACGAUGACUUUUUUGAACGAACCAUUCUGUGCAACAGCCUUGUGUGGAGUUGUGCUGUGACGGGUAGACCUGGACUGACAUACCAGGAAGCACUUGAGUCAGAAAAAAGAGCAAGACAGAAUCUUCAGAGUUUUCCAGAGCCACUAAUUAUUCCAGUUUUAUACUUGACGAACCUUACCCAUCGUUCGCGCUUACAUGAAAUUUGUGAUGAUAUUUUUGCAUAUAUCAAGGAUCGAUAUUUUGUUGAAGAAACUGUUGAAGUCAUUAGGAACAAUGGUGCAAGGUUACAGUGUAGAAUUGUGGAAGUACUCCCUCCAUCACAUCAGAAUGGUUUUGCUAAUGGACAUGUGAGCAGUGUAGAUGGAGAAACUAUUAUCAUCAGUGAUAGUGAUGAUUCAGAAACACAAAACUGUGCUUUUCAAAAUGGGAAGAAAAAAGAUGCACUUGAUCCUUUAUUAUUCAAGUAUAAGGUGCAGCCCACUAAAAAGGAAUUAUAUGACUCUGCUAUUGUUAAGGCAACACAAAUCAGCCGGAGGAAACACCUAUUUUCUCGUGAUAAGUUAAAGCUUUUUCUGAAGCAACACUGUGAGCCACAAGAUGGAAUCAUUAAAAUUAAGGCAUCAUCUCUUUUAACAUAUAAAAUAGCAGAACAAGAUUUUUCUUAUUUCUUCCCUGAUGAUCCACCCACAUUUAUAUUCAGUCCUGCUAACAGACGAAGAGGAAGGCCUCCCAAAAGAGUAUCUGUUUGUCAGGAGGACAGUGUUGCUAAUCAACAGAAUAUUGUAGGUUUUAGGAACAAAGCUACUAAGGAAAGAGACAAACUUUUGAAACAAGAAGAAAUGAAGUCACUGGCUUUUGAAAAGGCCAAAUUAAAAAGAGAAAAAGCGGAUGCCCUAGAAGCAAAAAAAAAAGAAAAGGAAGAUAAAGAGAAAAAAAGAGAAGAAUUAAAGAAAAUUGUCGAAGAAGAGAGACUAAAGAAAAAAGAAGAAAAAGAGAGACUUAAAAUAGAAAGAGAAAAGGAAAGAGAGAAAUUACGUGAAGAAAAGCGAAAGUAUAUGGAAUACUUGAAACAAUGGAGUAAACCUAGAGAAGACAUGGAAUGCGAUGAUCUUAAGGAACUUCCAGAACCAACUCCAGUGAAAACUAGGCUACCUCCAGAAAUCUUCGGUGAUGCUCUGAUGGUUUUGGAGUUCCUUAAUGCAUUUGGGGAACUUUUUGAUCUUCAGGAUGAGUUUCCUGAGGGAGUAACCCUAGAAGUGUUAGAGGAAGCUCUUGUAGGAAAUGACAGUGAAGGCCCACUAUGUGAAUUGCUUUUUUUCUUCCUGACUGCAAUCUUCCAGGCGAUAGCUGAAGAAGAAGAGGAAGUAGCCAAAGAGCAAAUAACUGAUGCUGACACCAAAGAUUUAACAGAGGCUUUGGAUGAAGAUGCAGACCCCACAAAAUCUGCACUGUCUGCAGUUGCAUCUUUGGCAGCUGCAUGGCCACAGUUACACCAGGGCUGCAGUUUGAAAAGCUUGGAUCUUGACAGCUGCACUCUCUCUGAAAUCCUCAGACUGCAUAUCUUAGCCUCAGGCGCUGAUGUUACAUCAGCAAAUGCAAAGUACAGAUACCAGAAGCGAGGAGGAUUUGAUGCUACAGAUGAUGCCUGUAUGGAGCUUCGCUUGAGCAAUCCCAGUCUAGUGAAGAAACUGUCAAAUACUUCCGUGUAUGAUUUGACUCCAGGAGAAAAAAUGAAGAUACUUCAUGCUCUCUGUGGGAAGCUACUGACCCUAGUGUCUACUAGGGAUUUCAUUGAAGAUUAUGUUGAUAUAUUACGACAGGCAAAGCAGGAGUUCCGGGAGCUAAAAGCAGAACAGCAUCGAAAAGAGAGGGAAGAAGCAGCUGCUAGAAUCCGUAAAAAGAAGGAAGAAAAGCUUAAGGAGCAAGAACAAAAAAUGAAAGAGAAACAAGAAAAACUGAAAGAAGAUGAGCAAAGAAAUUCUGCUGCAGAAAUAUCCAUAGGGGAGGAAGAAAGGGAAUAUUUUGAUACCAGCACUGAGAGCAAAGAAAUAGAGCAAAAAGAACUAGAUCAAGAUACAGUCACUGAAGAUGAAGAUGACCCUGGAUCACAUAAAAGAGGCAGAAGGGCUAGUUGGAAAGGGGAAAAGAAGAAAGGAAAUAGGACCCAGAAGUUACAUAAGUUACACAGACAGCCUCUGCUCCCACCUCUGAGCAGAGGUUCUUCAUGGAGUCAAGCCUCCUGUGGGAAAGGGCACUGUCUCCAAAUGACAUCACACUGGCAGUGCUUCAGCAGCAUGAAUAGGGCUACAGGGAAAAGAGAUCAAAGUGGAUUUAAAGAACUUAUCAAGCAAGAAGAGAUCAACUGUGUAACAGGAGAGCCUCUUAAUACUGAUGAGGAAGAAGCUUUAAAACAGGAACACCAACGAAAAGAGAAAGAGCUUUUAGAAAAAAUCCAAAGUGCCAUAGCAUGCACCAAUAUCUUUCCCCUGGGCCGUGACCGCAUGUAUAGACGAUACUGGAUUUUUCCUUCCAUUCCUGGAUUGUUUAUUGAAGAGGAUUAUUCUGGUCUCACGGAAGACAUGCUGUUGCCUAGACCUUCAUCAUUUCAGAGUAAUGUACAGUCUCAGGAUCCUCAGGUAUCCACCAAAACCGAAGAGUCUUUGAAGUCUGAACCUACCUCCAACGUUGACCAAGGUCUGUGUGAUGAUUCUGUGCAGCUGCCAAAACCAGUGCAUAAGCCAAAUCGGUGGUGCUUUUACAGUUCUUGUGAACAACUGGAUCAGCUUAUUGAAGCCCUUAAUUCUAGAGGACACAGAGAAAGUGCCUUAAAGGAAACUUUGUUGCAAGAGAAAAGCAGAAUAUGUGCACAGCUAGCCCGUUUUUCUGAAGAGAAAUUUCAUUUUUCAGACAAACCUCAAGCUGAUAGCAAACCUCUGUGUACUCGGGGAAGAUCUUCCAGUGCAUGUGAUCCAUCUCAGAUGUCUGCAGAAAGGCAACUUGAACUGAGACUGAGAGACUUUCUUUUGGAUAUUGAAGACAGAAUCUAUCAGGGAACAUUAGGAGCAAUCAAGGUUGCAGAUCGGCACGUCUGGAGGUCAGCCUUAGAAAGUGGACGGUAUGAGCUGCUGAGUGAGGAAAACAAGGAGAAUGGGAUAAUUAAAACUGUGAAUGAAAAUGUAGAAGAGAUGGAAAUUGAUGAGCAAGCAAAGGUCAUAGUAAAAGACAGACUUUUAGGUAUAAAAACAGAAACUCCAAGUACUGCCUCAACUAACACAAGUACACCACAGCCGGUGAGCAAGGUGGUUCAUUAUCUGGCCAUAGCGCUCUUUCAAAUAGAACAGGGCAUUGAACGGCGUUUUCUCAAAGCUCCACUUGAUGCCAGUGACAGUGGACGUUCUUAUAAAACCGUCCUGGACCGCUGGAGAGAGUCUCUCCUUUCCUCUGCUAGCCUGUCCCAAAUCUUUCUGCACUUGUCCACCUUGGAUCGUAGUGUGAUAUGGUCUAAGUCUAUACUGAAUGCUCGUUGCAAGAUAUGCCGAAAGAAAGGUGAUGCUGAGAACAUGGUACUUUGUGAUGGCUGUGAUCGGGGUCAUCACACCUACUGUGUUCGACCAAAGCUCAAGACUGUGCCUGAAGGAGAUUGGUUUUGUCCAGAAUGUCGACCAAAGCAGCGUUCUAGAAGGCUCUCCUCUAGACAGAGACCAUCCUUGGAAAGUGAUGAAGAAGUGGAAGACAGUAUGGAAGGUGAGGAUGAUGAAGUUGAUGAUGAUGAUGAAGAGGGUCAAAGUGAGGAGGAAGAGUAUGAGGUAGAACAAGAUGAAGAUGACUCUCAAGAAGAGGAAGAAGUCAGCCCACCAAAACGAGGACGACCACAAGUUAGAUUGCCAAUUAAAACAAGAGCGAGACUUAACUCUUCUUUCUCAAGUCGUGGCCAACGACAAGAUCCUGGAAGAUACCCUUCAAGGAGUCAACAAAGCACACCCAAAGCAACUCUUUAUUCUAAAACUACCGGUAGAAACCUAAGGAAGGUAAAAUCUGCUCCACCUACAGAGACUAAAUCUUUAAGAAUCGCCAGUCGUUCUACUCGCAACAGCCAUGGCCCACUGCAGGCAGAUGUGUUUGUGGAACUGCUGAGUCCUCGUAGAAAACGGGGAGACAGGAAAAGUGCUAAUAACAGACCAGAAAACAGUCCCAGCAUCCCUAACUUAAGAGUCAUUGCCUCAAAGACAAGUGAACAGUCAAGUUCUUUCAAUGUUGCUUCAAAACUUUGUCUCCAAGAUAGUGAAUCCAAGAGACGGGGCAGGAAAAGACAAUCUGCAGAGUCCUCUCCUGUGACACUGAAUCGAAGGAGUUCUGGCAGACACGGAGGAGUUCAUGAAUUGUCUGCUUUUGAACAACUUGUUGUGGAACUGGUACGGCAUGAUGACAGUUGGCCUUUUCUGAAACUUGUUUCUAAAAUCCAGGUACCAGAUUACUAUGACAUCAUUAAAAAGCCCAUUGCCUUAAACAUAAUACGUGAAAAAGUGAAUAAAUGUGAAUAUAAGUUAGCAUCUGAGUUUAUUGAUGAUAUUGAGUUAAUGUUUUCAAACUGCUUUGAGUACAACCCUCGUAACACGAGUGAAGCAAAAGCUGGAACUAGGCUUCAAGCAUUUUUUCACAUUCAGGCUCAAAAGCUUGGACUCCAUGUCACACCCAAUAAUGUGGACCAAGUUAGCACACCACCGGCUGCAAAAAAGUCGCGAAUCUAAUUUUAUCCUUCUAAAGGAUGUAUUUGAGGAAAAACAAAUCGUUCACGAAAAUGGAACAUUAAAUCAUGCUCUAAAGCAGACGUGUAUAAAGCAAUAACAACUGACCACGUUCACGUGUGGCCUGCACUAUUUUCUCAAUGUCAAUGUUAAGCACUCAGGAGAAUGUAGGAAAGAUUUCCUUUGCUACAGUUUUGUUCAGUAUCUAAUAAGUUUGGUAGCUGUACUGGAUUCAGUACUGGUUUACAGAGGUCUUUGUACAUUUUGAGAUCAUUCAUGUGUCCAGAUAUCUUGGAAAAUAUUUUUUCACCUAUGAUUUAUCUUGUCAUUGAGGAUUUUUUGGAAUUUGUGGUAUUAAAAGAGAUUUACCUAUACAGAUAAGUCUUCUGUCGCACAAUACGGAAAAAUGGGUUUAUGUCUUAAGAAUUGUUUAAUGAGCGCAUUCUCUCAACACUACACAUGAAUGGAUCCAAUUUUAUAUCUUUGAAGUGCUGUACCAGUACUGGCUGGAGGUAUUAAGUCUGAGUUUAUUAACUAGAUAUUUAUUUAGCAUUCAAGAUAAUUUGUGAAUUUGUUUUGUAUUUAUAAAAUUUAUACCUGGAAAAUGUUCUUUAAUUUUUUUAAACAUUUUACUGUGUUUUUGUUUUACUUCUCUAACUUCCUUAAUGAUCAAUCAAAAAAGAUAAUACCCUCCCUUUUCCCUUUUCAGUUUUACAGAGCUGUUAAAAGUUUCUAUGUACAACUUUUUAAGUGUACAAAUAAAAUGAUACUUUUUUCAAUUA